CGGGCUACACGUGAGGUCUCACAUUUGAAAUGCCAAGACGUUGACGACUACGAUGACAACUGAACCGCCCCUGAUGCCGCCCAUGCCAUCGGCGCUGACCUUUAAGCUGGUUGCACGCUGUUCUACUACAAAGGCACGUGCGGCCACGCUUGUCCUCCCCCAUGGCCCCGUCCAGCUUCCCCUCUUCAUGCCCGUUGCGACGCAGGCGUCUCUCAAGGGCCUCACGCCAGAGCAGUUAGAAGAGACGGGCUGCCGACUAUGUCUGAACAACACCUACCAUCUCGGUCUCAAGCCUGGUCAGGAGGUCCUCGACACGAUCGGCGGGGCACAUAAACUGCAGGGCUGGAAACACAACCUCCUGACUGACAGCGGCGGCUUCCAAAUGGUCUCCCUCCUCGAACUCGCCACCAUCACCGAAGAAGGCGUCCGCUUCCUCUCCCCCCACGACGGCUCCCCCAUGCUCCUUACCCCCGAACACUCCAUCAGCCUGCAAAACACCAUCGGCUCCGACAUAAUCAUGCAGCUCGACGACGUCCUGGUCACCACCUCCCCCGACGCCGCCCGCAUGCGCGAGGCCAUGCACCGCUCCAUCCGCUGGCUCGACCGCUGCAUCGCCGCGCACGCCAAGCCGGAGACGCAGAACCUCUUCUGCAUCAUCCAGGGCGGGUUGGAUCUGGACAUGCGGCGCGAGUGCUGCGAGGCUAUGGCGGCGCGCGGGACGCCGGGGAUUGCGAUUGGGGGACUUAGUGGGGGGGAGGCGAAGGCGGAUUACUGCAGGGUCGUGGAUGCGUGUACGGGGCAGCUACCGGAGAAUAAGCCGCGGUAUGUGAUGGGGAUUGGGUAUCCUGAGGAUCUGGUUGUGAGUGUUGCCUUAGGGGCGGAUAUGUUUGACUGCGUGUGGCCGACGCGGACAGCGCGGUUUGGGAACGCGGUGACGGGGAAGGGGGUGCUGAAUAUGCGGCACGCGCGGUAUGCGGAUAAUCUGGGCCCCAUUGAGGAGGGGUGCGGCUGUAGGUGUUGUAGGGAGGGUGAGGGGGGGUUGGGUGUGACGAGGGCGUUUGCGCAUCAUCUUGCGGCGAAGGAGACGGUGGGGGCGCAUCUGUUGACGAUGCAUAAUGUGUGGUAUCAGCUGGAGCUGAUGAGGAGGGUGAGGCAGGCGAUUGUGGAGGAUAGGUAUCCGGCGUUCUUGAGGCGCUUCUUUUCGGAUCUGUAUGAGGGGGAUAAGGAGAGGUAUCCGGAGUGGGCGGUGGAUGCGUUGAGGGGGGUGGGAGUGGAUCUUAAGGGGGCGGAAUGA